UCCAUGUACAGUGAGGGAAUAAUGACCACUAUGAAUCCUAUUGUAUUGAUAUUCGUCUACAUUACAGCCUCCCUCGGACACACUCUCCAUCUGCACAAGGCAGUCACUUCCGGUCACAUAACUUCCACUGACGAGAAUUCGACACCGAACCCAGACAUCCUUUGUCCGUACAUUUUGUCAUUGAACUGUCAAACACAGGUCAACGAACAUUAUGAAGUUUGCGGUUCGGAUGGUGUCACAUAUACGAACAACUGUCACUUUCUCCAGACGUCUUGUGUAACCACCACUUUAGAACUAGCACGUCAGGGUGCAUGUCACUUCUUCACUACCGCUGACGUCGCAGAUGUGGUCAACAGUAUACCCGAUUCAAUUUCCACCACAAAAGGAACCACAGCGAAGACCUUGACGGUUGGUACGAGUACCGCGUUAUCCUCGGCAGUUCAUUCAGAUAUGACCACAACAACGGAUACAACAAUGACAUCAAUGGCCACAAACGUCGGGAAAACGACCGAAACAAUCAAGAUACCCACUACUGAACCAUUUAUUACCACUCGGCCCUCGGUGACAAUAAUGUCAAAUGUACAAAUAAUCAAGUCAGUUUUCUGUGACAAUAAAGAUAACAUCACAUGCGAUCGCUUCCUCCACUUCCAAUGUGGAUCUAACGGACAGGUUUACCCAAACCAAUGUGAAUUUUACAAGGCUACUUGCGGUGAUGCGAACUUAGUGGUGGUGGAUCCGUCCAGAUGUGUGCCAUAACUCAUUGAUAGGAUCGAUUGGUACCUUGUGUCUAUUUAAUAAAAAGUAGAUUUUACAUCCGAA